AACUCUCAAGUAUCGAAAGUAUCGAAUGCAGGACCGGUGGGAGGGAGUGGUUUAAGUUAGCUCCUCCCUCCUUAUAUACACACCUCGCUUCCAUAUUUCAAAUUACUCUCUCUCUCUCUCUCUCUCUCUCUCUCUCUCUCUCUCUCUCUCUCUCUCUCUUGUAUACAAGUCCCUAGACUCUGAAAAACUAUACACUCUGUUUUCCUCUGCUCCUUGUGGUGCUCCCAUCGCCUCACGAAACUCUCAAAUUCCCACAGCUUUGAAUCAGAAAAGACCAAGAGCAGCAAUUCACCAUGCUACAAAAGAGUAGAUGCCUUCGUAAUUUGAUUCCUUCUUCGAGUUUUGCUUCUUUACCAAAGAUUUCAGUUUUUUAUGCAUCUGGAGCUGCAUCUUCCGUCCAAGAAGCCUUGGAACCGUCUCCUUACAGUGGCAGUGACGACGAGAAUGGGGACAUCGAUUGGGACAAUCUGGGUUUUGGAAUCAAGCAAACCGACUACAUGUAUGUCACCAAAUCCACUUGCGACGGGGUUUUCGAGCAAGGCCAACUUAGCCGCUUUGGCAACAUUGAAUUGAACCCUUCUGCUGGGGUCUUAAACUACGGCCAGGGAUUGUUUGAAGGUACAAAGGCAUUUAGGAGAGAAGAUGGGCGUCUCUUUCUGUUUCGUCCAGAUCAGAAUGCAAUCCGAAUGCAGUUUGGUGCUGAUAGGAUGUGCAUGCACUCCCCUUCCAUUGACCAAUUUGUCGAUGCGGUAAAACAAACAGCCCUUGCCAACAGGCGUUGGAUUCCCCCUCCAGGAAAAGGGUCUCUUUAUAUUAGGCCUUUGCUCAUUGGAAGUGGACCUAUAUUGGGUUUGGCGCCAGCGCCUGAAUACACAUUCCUUGUGUUUGCUUCCCCUGUUGGCAACUAUUUCAAGGAAGGCUUGUCAUCCUUGAACUUAUACAUUGAGGACGAAUUCCACCGUGCCACUCGUGGUGGAGCUGGAGGUGUCAAGUCCAUUUCCAAUUACUCCCCGGUUUUGAAAGCAUUAACUAGGGCGAAGGGCAGAGGAUUUUCUGAUGUCAUAUUCCUUGAUUCAGUGUACAAGAAAAAUCUUGAGGAGGCCACUUCUUGUAAUGUUUUUGUUGUGAAGGGAAAUCAUAUUUCAACUCCACCAAUUAAUGGGAACAUUCUUCCUGGGGUCACACGGAAAACUGUCAUCGACAUUGCCCGCGAUCAUGGUUACCAGGUUGAAGAACGUACUGUUCCAGUAGAGGAAUUGCUUGAUGGUGAUGAGGUUUUCUGCACGGGAACUGCAGUUGGUGUUCUUCCUGUAGGUAGCAUAGCAUACAAGGGGAAAAGGGUUGAGUACAAAACAGAUAGUCGGCUUGUGAGUCGGGAUCUGUACUCGACACUCACUGGGCUUCAAUCAGGUGUCAUAGAGGACAAGAAGGGAUGGUUGCUUGAGGUCGAAUAAGCCUUCAUGUUCUCAGAUUAGUUUGCAGCCGCAAAACAAAUAAGUACGGAAGUAUAGCCUACUCUCCAACUUGUUUCUUAGAUGUAAAAAUAAGGAUAGUUGUUAAAUGGAUGCAUUAUUCGUGAGUCACUGAAUAAGUACAUGCAGGGAAUUGCCAUUCUCUACUUUCUCUGGCUUCUACAUUUUUUAAAAGACAUUGUUUUUAAUUUUUAUUGUUUUUGAAUUUC